AUGGCUGCGACCAUCGGCUUGAAGGCUCCCCGACCAGAGAGGUUCUCCGGCGAUCUCCACAACCAUGCGGCUGUUGGCGGCUGCAAGGCGCUCUCUCCUCCUCUGUUCUUCACACGUUGUGGUUUCCGGCGCACAGCUCUGCGCGGCUCCGCAGCACCCGCCGCGGGGAGGUCCCAUGCGAACAAGGUGGUGGAGGAGACGUCUCAGAGCGCGCAGGCUUACGCCGGAAGGACGAGCUCAGGAGACGGCGGGGCGGGGAGGACCGGCCUGGCUGGAGAUCUGGCCGCAUUGAUGGCCGAUCAAGGGUUUUGCAGGAAGGGUAUGGCCUCUGAGACGGCUGGUUCGGCGGGAGAAAGAGGGACGGAGAAGGCUUCCAGGAGGUCGAAGGUAAGUUCUGCGGGGCUCAACUUGAGGAUCGGCUUGGAGAUGUGCUCCAAGAGAGGGGACGCCCUGGGAGCGAUCUCCCUCUUCGACUCUUCCAUCCGGCAAGGCGAGAAACUGAACCAGUAUCAUUACGAUAUUCUUCUCUAUCUGUGCGCUUCUGCGGCCGUCGGCGUCGUCCAUCCCGCGAAGAGUGGCCGCAGCUGCAGCCAUGGUACCAGCAGCGACGCUUCGAGAGGCCUGUCGUCUGAAUCAGACAGAAGCUCCAUAGCCAGGGCUUCCUCCUCUCCAGCAGACUCCCCUUACGGUGGAGACAAUUUUGCAGACGAUUUAACUGUUCUGAAUGGAUCUGUCGCCGGAGGAGGAGGAGGAGGAAUCCAAGUGACGCAGGAUGUGAGGAACUACGCACUCAAGAGAGGCUUCGAGAUAUACGAGAAGAUGUGUCAAGAGGAGAUCCCGAUGAGCGAGGCAGCGCUGACCUCCGUCGCCAGAAUGGCGAUGGCCAUGGGCAACGGGGACAUGGCCUUUGAGGUCGUGAAGAAGAUAAACGACCUGGGCUUGCCCCUGAGGCUGAGAUCCUACGGCCCCGCCCUGUUCGCCUACUGCAACACUGGCGACAUUGAGAAGGCCUUCGAGGUGGAGAGGCAUAUGGCGGAGUCCGGCGUCCACCCAGAAGAACCAGAGCUUCAGGCGCUCCUGAAGAUCAGCGUUGAAGCCAGGAGAGCCGGCAGGGUUUACUAUGCACUGCAGAAAUUGAGGACCUGCGUGAGACGGGUCUCUGCAACUACAGCGGAGCUGAUUGAGAGCUGGUUUAAGAGCCCCAUAGCCUCCAGAGUGGGGAAGAGAAAGUGGGACAGGAAGCUGAUAGAAGAGGCCUCUGAGAAUGGUGGAGGAGGCUGGCAUGGUCAGGGUUGGCUUGGUCAGGGGAGAUGGACAGUCAAACAUGGCCAUGUGGAUGCUCACGGCAUCUGUGAGAGCUGUGGAGAGAAACUGGUGGCUAUAGACCUCGACCCGAUUGAGACCGAGAGCUUUGCGAGGUCUGUAGCAUCCAUAGCUGGGAAGAGGGAGAGGAAUUCGAGCUUUCAGCAAUUUCAGGUGCUCAUCUUCUUAAAAACGGAUACCAAUUCUAUAAUUAGACAUCUUUUUCUGCAUCCUUUCUCUCUGAUUCUUGCUUCGAAGCACCCAAUCUUGGUUAGCACAUUUUAUUAAUGGGCAGUCAUGGUAUGGGUAUUGUAGCUUCUAGAGCAUUUAGAGAGGUUCUCCCAACAUGUAGGGAAUACAUCGUGGGCAUGCAUUUUUUUUUCCUUUUUGGGGCUUCCCAAGAACUUGGAGAUGCUGAACCCUGCAAUCAUUGACAGAAAUGGUUGGACUAUCACGGGCCCUUUGAAGCUGUUAUCGAUGCUGCAAACGUGGGUCUUUUCAGCCAGAGGAGCUUCUCACUGAGCAAGGUUCCUUAGAAACACUCUCUUUCCCACUGAACCCUCUCUGCUCUCCCCCCUAAACUUUCUCAUUCACUGUGUUCUUGGCGAUGUACAGGUGAACCGUGUCGUAAAUGGCAUACGGCAGAAGCUUCCUUCGAAGAGUUGGCCUCUAGUCGUCGUCCAUAACAGGCGCGUCAGUGGAAAAACGAUGGAUGAUCCUAUAAAUGGCAAACUGCUGGAGAAGUGGAGGAAUGCAGAUGCUAUUUAUGCCACACCCACUGGUUCAAAUGACGACUGGUGAGCCUUUUUUUCCUCUUCACCCAAACAAAGCAAGCGCAUGCAUGGUUUGGAAAUAUAUUUUAUUAUUUCAUAGAAAAAUAUUUGAUCCGAUGACCACUUACGGAUUACCAAAUAUAGAUUAAGAUGCCAUGGGUGGUAAUAACGUGUGGUUCAGGUACUGGUUGUAUGCAGCUAUCAAGUGUAAGGGCCUGAUUGUGACGAAUGAUGAGAUGAGAGACCAUAUAUUUCAGUUGCUGGGGGAUGAUGUUUUCCCUAAAUGGAAGGAGAGGCACCAGGUAUGCACAAAACCAUUGCAUUAUAUUGAAUCUAUGUUUGUUACAUAGUUUUUAAUUCUCGAUUCAUCUUGUAUGGAAGUUAAUGUGUAAUAUUGUAAUGAAAUAUUAUUUUUUAAUGCCUUACUAUAAAAGUUUUCAGUGAUCAUCCAUGUAAAUGAUUAUGUGUUCUGCCGGUUCUGAUGUGGGGAAAACACACCAACUCUUUGUAGGUUCACUUCAGUUUCCGUGAUGGCAAUCCUGAAAUUCUCAUGCCUCCUCCCUGUUCCAUUGUUAUCCAGGUAUAUUCAUCUGAUUCAUACAUGUUCUGCUAUUAGUGACUCAAAAUGGUCUUUUUUUAUUUUCGUUUAAAGGCUCACAAAGCAGAAAAAUUGACUUGAAUUAGCAUGUUUUCUAAGUUCACAAUGGACUAUUUCGAUCCCUCACCAAAUGGGGUACAUGUUUACAACUAAAAGACUAUAAAUAUACAUGUUAAGUCAACUGUUCUCUUUAAUAUACAUGUUAGGGAAAAAAAUGGAAAUAAUACGAUAUUUAAUACUAAAGUGAUAUGACCAGUUUACAUAGGACAGGAGUUGAAGAUGUUCUUUAUUUUUUUCUGGGUAAGUAGAAAUGAAACAUGCAUGAAAUAAUCCAAGAUGCCCACGUCAGAAUCUUUAUUAAUGCAUUUUAUCUGGUGAGGAAAAAAAAAAAGAAAAGAUAAAUAAGAGUCCACCAGAUCAAAGAAAACUAACACUAAAGAAUUUACCCUUGGUGAUUGAACUACCCUGGCAUACGUUUUAACAGGGAGGAGGCAUGAUUUAUUGAUAUAUUGUUUACUGUUUGGGAGCAUCUGAAAAUGAAAGACGAAUGAAACUAACAGAUCCGAGAUAAGUUGGUCAGAAAAUUUAUUUAUCCGUAUUAUAUAUAUGGUCAAAACAAUUCAUUAAUAUAUGAUAAGAAAACCAUAGAACCUUCAGCAUGCAUGCGUAUACAACCCUUUGAAAAAAAGGAGAUGUUCAUAUUUCUUCUCCCUGGUGCGUGUCAAAUCUCCAAUUGAACAGACUUUCUUUUUCCAGUAUACUUUAUAUGCGUCCUCUGAUUCUGAAUUAAGGAAGCUGAAUAUACUUAUUUCCCAUGAUGCUCAGGAAUCAGUGAACGGACAUUGGCAUAUACCCAUUGCUGAAGAACACGAAUCCGAUAGCCAGACGACGUGGCUAUGCAUCACGCGUGAUGACACGCGGAGAGGUACUACCCUGAGACAUGAUGCUGUUGUUGGAAAUUCCACCGAUUCGGGUUUCGAGGGAAUGCUCAAUGCAAUGAAUGCGACAGUUUGGGUAAUUUUUUGA